UGCUGUUUUCGUUUAUCAACUUAUCGUUAAUCAAUUGUCGCUUCGUUUUGACAUUUACAAAAUAUGCCAACUGCCAACAUCUAGCUGAUCUGUUAACCAGUUUUGACUUUUGAUUUACAAUCAGUUUGUACUUUGAAUGAAUUUUCUAAUGGUAGGUAUAUUAAGUUCGUGCAUAGUUUAAAACAAGUGAAAUUGCUAGAAAGCUGAUGAAAAUUGUUAUCAGCUGAUUCUACAGACUCUAUAACUUCGAUUUCUACGAAAUUUGUUGAAAAGGUGAACAAACGAGACUAACAUACAAGUCAACAUGGCGUUCGCCGGAUUAAAGAAACAAAUUAACAAAGCCAAUCAGUAUGUCACAGAGAAAAUGGGUGGCGCGGAAGGCACAAAAUUGGAUUUGGACUUCGUGGAAAUGGAAAGAAAAACAGACGUAACGUGUGAAUUGGUUGAAGAAUUGCAAACGAAAACCAAAGAGUUUCUACAACCAAAUCCAACGGCUAGAGCGAAAAUGGCAGCUGUCAAGGGAAUUAGCAAACUGAGCGGACAGGCGAAAAGCAAUACCUACCCACAACCUGAAGGAGUGCUCGGAGACUGCAUGUUGCAUUACGGAAAGAAACUUGGCGAAGAUACUAUAUUUUCACAAUGCCUCAUCGAGAUGGGAGAAGCCCUAAAACAGAUGGCCGAUGUAAAGUAUUCGCUAGACGAUAACAUCAAGCAAAGUUUUUUGGAACCUCUGCAUCACUUGCAGACCAAGGAUUUGAAGGAAGUCAUGCACCACCGAAAGAAAUUACAAGGACGCAGGCUCGACUUUGACUGCAAGCGUCGAAGGCAAGCGAAAGGCCCUGGUAGGGCCAGCCCUUAUAUGAGUCCAAGCCAUGGUUCAGCAAGACAUGACGACGAGAUUAGACAGGCAGAAGAGAAGUUCGCAGAGUCCCUGCAACUUGCCCAAGUCGGGAUGUUCAAUCUUCUUGACAACGACGAAGAGCAAGUGGCGCAGCUCGCUUUCUUUGCGGAAGGUUUGCUGGAAUACCAUCAACAGUGCACGGAGAUCCUGAAAGGACUUGUUUCCCAACUCAUGGAAAAGAAAGAGGAAGCGAUCAACCGUCCGAAGAUGGAGUUCGUACCGAAGACGCUAGCAGACCUGAACAUCGAGGGCAUGCAUGAUUUGAACCAUGGUAGGCGGUACGGUUCUAGCCAGAGUCUCUCCCGUCCCCGCCAGCCCCUCCCCCCCUCGUCGUCGGUCGGCGACCUCUCCACCCCCGACCCAUUCCGAGCCUGGGAGGCGCCGCAUACUGGCCCGCGCACUGGCCCCCACGCUGGCCCCCACACUGGCCCCCACAGUGGCCCCCACACCGGCCUGCGACCGGCGCCAGCCUUCAAACCUCAUCCCGCACCUCGCGCGCAACCCAACGGAAAGGACCCUUGGACAGCUUCACCGCUCCCAUCGCCCGUGAAGUCGCCGGCGCGAACACCGAUGGCUCCCAACAAAGCUCCGUGCUGUACUGCUCUGUAUGACUUCGAUCCGGAGAACCCGGGAGAGCUGGGCUUCAAGGAGAACGACGUGAUCACGCUGAUCAACAAGGUGGACGACAACUGGUUCGAGGGCAGCCUGAACGGCAAGACGGGCUACUUCCCCAUCAGCUACGUUCAGGUCAACGUUCCACUGCCCAAUAUGUAAACUUGGAACAUGUAGGUGUAACACAAACAUUCACUUUUAAUUGAAUAUGCAAUUUCAAAAAGGGCACAUGUCGCAUAUUCUGUCAAAUAUGUUUUUUCAUAUACAUGUAGUUUUGAGGCUUACCUACACCCAUUUUAUAAUAAUUCCACUAAUUUUCAAUUGCUAAUAAACACUAAAAUAUAUCUCAAAAGUAAAUAUUUUAAAUUUUACACUGCUUUAGAAAAUGAUCAGUUUUUUUCAUUUCCUGAACAUUUUACAUUAUAAGAGAUGUGCCCUUUUCGAAAUUACAUAUUUAAUUCAUUUAAGGCAUUUUAAAAAUGUGUGUUUAAUUUUACAUUAGAUCAUACGGAAUACCCUUACCCUUAACUAUGAAAUAUGAUUAACUGAUCGUUUUUCUGACGUAACUUGUGUUACACCAUUGAAAUAAUCUUCAUAUACUAAACGCAGCUACUACAUAAAGGAUUAAUAUGAAUUGUUCGUAACUUCAAUCGUGUCAAAAGCUCAAUGAAAUUAUCCAAUCAAGUGUAUUUUAUAUACAUUGUGUGAAUACAGACUUUUUUGUUUAGAAGAAGUCUUCCCGAUAUUACACUCCAUUUUAGAAUUGUUUUUAAAAAGAAAAUUCAAACAGAUCUAUUGUGUUAUAUAAUUAAUAAUAAAUAAAAACCCGUAUAAUACGCCAAAGAAUACCUUAAUGAUAAUAUUAUUAAAUUCAAUAUACGUGUAUAUGUAUUAUUUUAUUUCCUUUUUUUUAUACACAUUAUUUUCCAAAUGAAUUGAGGUCGUAUUUUGUAAUAAAUCUUAUUAGUUUAACAAAGACGUACGCUAUUAUAAUUUAUACAUUUUUCAUGUUGCCAUUUUAUUCGUGACUGCUAUUGUAGGCCUACCGCUUAAUCGAUACUGGUGCGGGGCAGGGGCGAGCUAGUGUGGUGAUGUCACGUUUAUGUAAAAGACAAUCGCCCAUACCAUUGGGAAUACAAGGCAUUUCCCUGAUUAAGAAAACUCGAAACAAUUUAAAUUGAUAUGAUUUCGUCAUUCUUUUCAUGCGACCAUUCAAGUGAAGUAUGAUAAACCAUUAAUAAGGGCAGUUAUUAAAAUCAAAGUAUGAGAUACCGAAUAAAUCAGGUGACUCCUUAAUUUUUUUGGCUACUAAUCAUAUAACACGUUCUUUCACAUUUUAAAUAUAUUUUUUAUGGAAUGGAAUGUAAUGGGACCUGGUAAUGAGACUUUUAAGCUGAGUCAAUUUAUUUUCUUCGUAUAUUCUGUUAUAAUAUGAUAAAUGAUAUGAAGCGAAAUGAGAUGAAGUUGAUUAACUUGAGACUUUAAUCAAUUGGUGUGAAAAACCACCGUUAUAACACAUUUAAGUCUCAAGGAUCACUAAAUUAACAAAAUAAAACAAUUCACAAUUCACUUCGCUACUCGCGUUUCACCCAGAUGUCUCACUUAGACCCUCAUAUAUUAUAAAGUACGUAAUAUUUGCUAGAAAAGAUUAAGCGAUAUUGUUGAUCUAUUACUCCAGAAGCCGCCCUCGGUAGAGCGGUAGGUCUAUUUUAUUUUAGUAAAUUAGUUGUAAGUUUGGAACAAAUUAAUUUGUUUCCGUAUGUAGAUAUUAAAAUAUACCAGUUAUAUUAUUUAGUUACAUUAAGACUAUUGUUUAAUAUGAUUGUAGAAUCGAAAAACGUUGGUUAAAACUUUGAGCUUGUCAAAAUACUAUCAUAAAAUUAAAAGGUAUAAUGAAUCUCAGAUAAACAUAGUUAUGAUAGUCAAAGAAAUUAAAACACCAAUUAUUCAUGUUUCCAUAAGAAAAACACUGUUAUCGUAAUGAGAAUGCGGUAAAAAUUAAAACGACUUUUUGGCGUUAUGCUUACAUUUUCCUUAAUUCAUUGUUGAUUUUUUCCUCUCCAUAGCUCGAAGUUUUGAUGUAGGUAUGUGAUUUACAGCUAUUGCGAUGCGUAGGGCAGCAUUGAUUCCGAACAGUGAUAUUAUGUGUAUUUACUCUAUAAUAAACAUAUUUUACAUGUAGUUUAUAAAAUAAUUUUCUUGUGUAAUGUUUUAUUUAGAAUACCUUCUACUACUAUCUACUUAUUUGUGUGAUGAAUUGUUUCAUCAUUUAUUUUGUUAAAUACACGGCACUACUUAAUUGACUAGAAUGAUUGAUGUAAAACUAGUUAAAUGUUUGAGAUUAGAGAUUUUGUGGUUAAUUAGUUUGUCUACAUAGAAAUUACUGUAUGCUCAUAUUGCUGCAUGAUUGUGUAUGUUAAGAUGACGGUCUUGCCACCAACAUUGAGUUUAAAUUUUUACGUGAAUUAAUAUAAAUAAUUUCAUUUAUGUUUUAAGGAGUUUUCAUAUUAGGUGUAUUUUCAAAUGUUAUAUUGUCACCUUCUUGGAUAUCAAAUUUAAUAUGUUUAACGUAAUUUACUCCCAAAAAUAAAUAUUAAAAAAAAUCAAUAUUAUCAUAUACGAAUAUAGAACAAUUAUAGUAAAAAAUAUUUUUUGAACUCGCACACUCAUUUCGAUUUAAUUCACUUAUAAAUACAUAUUUAAAAAUCGAUUAAAAUAUCCGAGUGGAGUACAUUUUUCAUCAUCCCUAAAAUCACAUAUGCUAGUAUUUAAAUAAAUAACAGUAAUCAUAAUAAAUAUAAAUGUUGUCAAUGUGGAUGUUGCAAAAGUUAAUUAAAUUUCAUCGCAUCAUUUGUGUAGUAAUCGGAACUCAUUCGAUCAUGUUUCUGGCAUACAAAAGACAAUACCUAGAUCUAAUGUUAGUCGUACGUAAGUUCAUAAAUGAAAUGUUCUUCAAGUGUCUCUUAAUAUAAGUAUAUCGAGUAUAUUAUAAUAAUUAUCUUCAAUGUUACAAGAAUCGAUAUUUUAAUGUUCAAAAAUACCGCGAUGCGGAUAUAAUUAUUGCAUGUGUCCUUCGUCUUAAAAUUAAUACUAUUCACAUAUAUUCAUUUUGAAUAUGACUGUUAUUGUUUAUUAAAAUUUCUAAUGGCUUGCAAAAAUUGUUGGGAACGUAAAGUUCAUUAGGUAUGUUGUCGCUUCGCACCGUGUACGUUGUAUUAUGCAAAGGAAUCAAUUUGUUUCCAAAAUACUCGGGACAGAGUCGCCCGUGUAGUAGACAAAUAAAAACAACAUAUAAAAAUUAUAUUCUUGAAAAUACAACCACUUAUUUAGUAAUCAAAAUCUGUGAUGCGCAAGUAAUAACACUAAAAUACUAAAAUUUGCAAAUAAAAUUAGUCUGCAUUAUUUAUCACAUAAAACAAAUUUGUAUAGUUUUUGGGAUCUUCUAUCAGUAGAUUCUAAUAUUCGCUAACGGUGCGGCCACACGAGUUGUCUUGUUACUAUGUGCUUGUUCAUGUUACUGUAAUCUUGAAUAUUGUGUAAUUUUAAUAGGUGUAUCUUGACAAAUUGCCAAUUGUAAAGCAAUAAAAUUGGUUUGUAUUUGAAAAUAUCCAAAACGCUCGUUUUCGCCUAUUAAUAAAAUGUUAACAAUUAAAAUUAA